GCACAUCAAUCUGGAUUGCAACAUUCUGGAAUUGUUGCCUUAUUUGGUUUCAAGUUUUUACAGUUGUGCAACACACAAUGAUAUAGAAACAAGAGCACUGUGGUUACAAGGAAUCGUAAAAUACAUGGAGCGUUUACAGCCGAGGUUGAAAGGUCACGAGGUGUAUGAAAAGAUGAUGAUAACAUCCAACAUUGUGUCUGGUUGCAUCCUGAGGUUCAAUCAGUAUCAAAAAGAUAUACCAUGGGAUAUGAGACAUGUUUCCACAAUUGUACCCUUUUCAGAGUCCUGGACGUUUGAGAACAAAAUGAUCACUCUAAUUUAUUAUCAAUUCAUGUGUAAGACUACCAAUGACGAAGGAAUUGAAGUGUCUCAUAAAAACUGGCGAAUAAUGUCUGCUUUGGAAUACUCCAAAGCUUGUGGAAAAGGACAAAUUGAUGACUGGCCUCUUCAAACACCGCUUAUUAAAUCAUUAUACAAUCUUCUGAUGAUUGUUGAUUAUGUUGUGACAACAGCAUUGAGUACAAAUGAUGUUAAACUUCAGGACAAACUAUGUGCCCGGUUUAUCUAUGGCAUUGCCUGGAGAUUCAAGCUCUCCCAUGCAGCCAGGCGCAAACUAUUUCUACCCAAUGAAAAGCAGCCUUUACUUCCUCUUGUAAACGAAGAUGUAGUUUCUCUUCUGGAACUUCAUUAUGGGUGGUUCAGAAAGCACACUUAUCCAAUCAUUUUGAAAUUAAUAGGAAAAAUUGCUGAUGAACCGAGAAAUGGAAUUUCACUGUCCCAGCUUGUUAAAGAAAUUGACGAGAGUUUAAAUUUCAUGCACACUUCUUUGUUGCCUGUCGCUAGGAAGUUUAGGAAAAAUUUGACACUGCCUCAGCCCAAAACAUGUCCAAACCAGUGUGAUUUUGCCAAAUUGGUUCACAGCUUCAAUUCAAAAGUUGGUCUUUGGAAUGCGUCGAACAACAAUGUAGUGGACAAAACCAACUUCUUGGCCUGUUCCAAAGGCCAAAAGACCAGAAAAAUGCUUCUCCAGGCCACUAUUACCAUUCAUGAGAAUAAAGAUUUGUCUGCAAUGCCUUCCAUGAUAAAGGAGAUUGAAGCCUCCAUCAAUUCAAGUAGCCAGUGCUCUAAUAGUGGUAUAAAAGAAAUAACUACGGUUAAAUUAUGGCCUGUUCUUGAAUUAGUAUGCCUUCAACUUAACUCUGCUAUGAGAAAAUCAUUUUGGACUACGGAACAAACCAAUGACGUUAGCCAAUGCGUGAUUGAUUCAGCCAGCAGCUGGUAUCGAUUGAUUGACUCCAUCCCUCCCAUCGCUGCCGCACUUAUUCAGACCAUCUCUUGUCGGUCCAUUAUUCCUACCGAGAAAGAACAUGUUGAGCUCAAUUAUUUCCUUUUUGAACAUUUCAAUCGAUCUAUUGCAUUGACAUCACCAAUCACUUGGCUGAAUUGGGAUGAAACCUCUUCAUUAACUGAAGAUCAAAUCAUUCUGGAGAGUAAGGCAUUGUAUGGAAUGCACACACCGCUAUACUCUUUGUUUUUGAGCAAAAUAUUUUCCAAUUCCUCACAAAAUAAAGACUCUCCUACUUUCUCAUUAAAGGCUCAUAAGAACACUAGGAAAUUAUUUCAUUUAAUAAAAAUUUUGCUUUGGAGAAAUUUACCCGGAAUAUUUUCUCCAAUUUUAGAUUGCAGUGAAAAUGAUCUCAUAUGUAUCAAGAACAAUUUUACUAAACUCGUUAAAAACUUUACUGCGGUUGUAAAUUCCAAAAUAAGAGAUGUAUCAGCAAUUGAAGGCGGAGAAGACUUACAAAGGGUCUUUGGACGGUUGAAGUUAGAAUUGGAAGAAAUAUCUAGAGGUGGCCUUCUCCUCCAGAACCAACAGAGGCCAGAGAAGACUAUUACUGCUUACAUCUUUAAAUUGCACCAGAUUACUUCAGAAAUGAAAGAGGGAAAGAGCAAUGUAGAAAAAUCAAUGUCAUGUGGUCUUGGCUGGGCCUACCUUGGUUUUCUAAAAUUAAAAUUAUUUUCACUUUUGGAGUUGGUGGAUCCAGUAAAGAAGAAAGCGAUCAAAAUGCAAUAUAUGUCUGAAGAGGUUUCCGAACUUCAUAAGCUCUUAUCUGCUGAAGAAUUAAUGAAAAUUACAAUAGGGGCACCUCUCAGUUGGCCAUUGAAAGAACAACAUGAAGGCAGGAUUAACGAGUUAGGCAAGAAAUAUAAAGGAUUUGAUCAGAGUGUCGCUGUUAGGCCGGCUACAUCUUUAUACAGCGAUAUUGUUAAGGAAAUCUCACAUCUGGUGUCUGUUUUGGUCUCAGAUGAUAAUUUCAAUAACCGCUUAAACAGUCUUAUUGACUUGAACAAGGCCGAUGUACCUAAAGAACGCAAAGAAAAUCUAUUAGCGGAAAUAAAGAGUUGGCUUCUAUCAGUCACUCAUUAUCAAGAAAAGCUUCACAACCGAUAUUACACUUCAUAUCCUGACAUUAUUGGCCCAAUAUUGAUGGCUCUUGCGCAGAUAGUUUAUGGUGUUAAAUUGAUCUAUUCUGCUGUUGAAAAAGAAAUAAAUCAAUCAGCUCAUAGAGGUAACAGAUCAGUGGACCAGCUUUUGAAAAUGUUAAUUAUAUUUCCAAUUGCUGAUUUAAAGUCAGCUGUUGAAGUGGUUGAACAUUGUUCUGAUGUUGGGCUAAUGAACCUUCUUAAUAAAAAUGAAAUUUCCCAAGACUCUAAUAGUUUUAGUACUCAAGAUAAUAAAAUAAGGUUGAUUAAAAUCUGUAUUCGUAUUAUCAAAACGCUCUCCAGGACUUAUGCAAUUGAUAAAGUUAAGAAUACUCUUUUUCUCAUUUUGGAACAUGUUGUUUUAUGCUGGAAUCAAAUUCAAGAAGAAGAAAAAGUGAAAAAGGCUCAAGAAGAUAGUAUUUAUAUAAACAGAAUGAAAUUAACUGAAGAGGAGGAAGCUGCCAAAGAAAUUUCUCAGUUGUUCCCUUCUAGUCGUGAAGAUGAUUUUGGUGAUUUAGAAGCUCCAGUCGCUCUGGACUAUGUACCUCCAACACCUACAAAGAAGGUCGAAGAUCCUAUGAAGCUGAAGAGUGUUGAAAUAGAAGACAUUUGCCAACUUCAUUCACUCAUCGUUAGAGAGCAGGCACAAAACCAUUGGCUGUCGAGGGAACCUGUUGCAGAAGACAACUACGUAGCCCUACUCAGUGAUAGGCUUAGUGUAUUCUCCACACUUAUUGAUGGACUGCAUGGUCAUUGUGAAAAACAACUGGACCAAUUUAGCAUUAGUAGCUAUUUGAUCGCAGCUGAUCUUCAGACAGCUGAUAUUUUCAAACCCAUCAAAGAGAAUAAUCAUUAUGACUUUUAUAGGGACACUAACAUUUCAGAAAGCAAGCAGUGUAUUCCACUUCUAAAUGCUAUUCAAAAACGGGUGGAUGAGCUUCUUGUGGAAUGGCCAGAUCAUCCUACUUUACAGCAGAUUACUACUAUAAUACAACGCGUCACUGGAUUUUCCAUGUCUAGUCCUCUCUCCAGAUUUCUUACUGGUCUUGAGCUUCUUCUCACAAAACUACAUCAUUGGGAAGAAAAUGCUCAUGCUGGUGUUUCAUUAGCCCAGCAUUCAGCCUCUUUAACCAAUCAAAUCAUUGCUUGGAGAAAAUUGGAACUUUCUGCUUGGAAAGGCGCUCUACAUUCAACAUACCUCAAAUGCGAGGAGAGAGCCAGAAAGUGGUGGUUUUAUUUGUUUUCAAUCGUCACUGCAUACAUUAGAAACACAGAAACGGCUUCACUUGCUGAAGAAACUGAAAACAUUGUUAAGACACUGCAGGGCUACAUGGAGACUUCAUCGCUAGGAGAGUUUUCAGUGAGGCUCGAUCUCUUGUAUACAUUCCAUUGCCAUGCAUUAUUAUUUCCAUCAUCACAAAGACAAACUACAAUUUCCUCAAUUCUAUGGAACUUAUAUAACUUUUAUAAAUUGUUUAAAAAUGCAAUUUCAAAAACUAUUCUUGAUCUUUCUUUACCGAUUGAAAAAAAGCUGAAAGAUUUUGUUAAGAUUGCUCGAUGGAAUGAUAUAAACUAUUGGUCCAUCAAGUCUGCAGUUGAGAAAACACAUCACACAUUGUUGAAGCAUAUUAAAGAAUAUGAGAAAAUUCUUAAUGAACCAGCUAGGGGUGCUAUGAUCAAAAUAGAUAUUCCCAAUUUGAAUAGAAAGCUCAAUUUGUCAUCUUUGAAUCCUGCAAACUUUUUGACUUCUCUUAAAAUGGCUGAAAGUUAUAAAGACUUGGAAGGUGAUGAAAAUCUUCUUGCAAGAUUAAGUUCAUUACUUAAAAAGUCAAACAGCAUUUGCAAACGGACUAUUACUAAAUGUGAAUAUUCAAAAUUAAUAGAUAAUUUUGAAUUAUUUGUCGAAGAAAUAGAUGAAACAGGAAAACUUAUUCAAGAAUUUGAUAUUGAUACUACCAUUGAAAAGGAUAAAAAGAAAUCCAUAGUGAAAUCACUUCUUCAAAGGAAGCGGAAGACAGUUAGCGAUUUGUUCCGAACAUUAACACAAAUCGGUCUAUCAUACAGAUCUGGCUUAUUGAUGUUCGAACAGAACAAUACAGCAUUUGCCUCAUUGCCACCAAUCAACAUUGAAGCUAGCCUACAGCAAAUUGAUCGCAGGAAGUGUGACAAAGAUUGGCUAAACUGCUGGAAGGGUUCCGAGCAGUACUUUUAUUCAUCUGUUGCGAGGUUAGCAAUGUUAAAAAUUGCAUUAGAGAAACCUCACAAGGAUUUAGGUCCUCAAUUUAUUGAACGAAUCAAAGGAUUCACUUCACAUUCUAAUAGUUUACUUCAUCUUCUCAAGGAAGCAUUAUGCCAUUCAUCAGAAAAUAUUUAUGUAAUACGUUGCCAAAUAGCACAGCUAUUAAAACUGGAAGAAAAUAAUUAUGGGCUAGUUAGUGAUUCAUUUGAAAAAAAUAAGCUUCUUUUGAAAUCACUCUUGGAUGAUGUUGUUUACUGCUUGAAGCAGUUUAUUGUACUUCUAGAUGCAUGCCCAGAAGAAGAAGCCCAACUGACAGAUAUUGAUCAAGUUCCUACAAUAUUUCCUCUACCCUUGGUUGAGAGUAUGCUGAGUGCAUUCAAAUAUGAUACAAUUUGGGAAUCAACCAAAAGUAAAGUUCAAUCACUACUAAAGUCAUGUUUGAGGAUGCAACAUGAUAUUUCAGUAUUAGAAAAACACAGUAAAUUAGCGUCUAGUUUCAAUAAAAACACCAUACUAAAUGCUGACGUUUUGACAAACCAAAGUGAAUUUACCCUUAUAGAAGACUGUUUUGCAAGGUUGGGCGAUAUUGUAGUAGAAAUUACAAAAAUUCAACAACUCUUUAAUCAAUCUGUUGAGGGGCAUGUCAUUAAUAAUCCUCUGGUUUCUUGUUUGGAUACAAUUAUAUUACAUAUUAACAAUGCUAUAAGUAAUGGAAGAGCUAUUGAAUUUCCUUCAGAUAAGUCGAUAACUAUUGAUAAAAUUUUAGAAAAACUUCCUAAAAAUUGUACAGAAAAGUUGGAAACAUUUAUAAAUAAAGUCCUAUGUAUCAUUCAGAACUUUUAUAAAAAACACGUACUGAAAAAUGAAGAAGCUCAAGAAGUCAUUCCAAAAACAGAUGAAAACUCAGAAACAACACAGACAACUGAAGAAACAGAGGAAGUAGAUGCAGAUCUAAUUGUUGAUGGGCAUCUAAAAGAAAAAUUGGUCCAGAGUUUAUUAUCAGAUUCAAAGAUAUUAAGAAUUUCGGAAGUAUCUGAUGAUUUGGCUGAUGUAUUUUCUUCUCUCAUUGAGUUGGAAGAUGAAAUUGCAAAAGAAUCUAUUCAAGGAUUGUUGUUUUAUUUGGCUCCUUUGUUGGAUCAGCUGGUUUCUAUGUAUCAUUACUUCAAUGUUCAGCUUACAGCUGCUUUUAAUGUGCUGGGAAAAUUUUCAUCAUCACUCCUUUUGGCAUUUACAGAAUUCAGUCGAAAUGGCUAUAAUGUUCCUGAUGAGCUGAGAGAAGAAGAAGAAGGAGAGGGAGAAACAAAGAAAGGUGGAUUAGGGCUGGGCGAAGGAGAAGGUGAAAAGGAUGUCUCUGACCAAAUAGAGAGUGAAGAUCAGCUAGAAGAUGCCAGGAAACCGGGUGAAUAUGGCCAAGAGGAAGAUAAAGAUUGUAAGGAGGAAGAAAAAGGAAUAGAAAUGUCUGAAGAUUUCGGGGGUAAACUUCAAGAUAUAGAGAAGAAAGAUGAAGAGGAAAAUGAUGAAGAUAAAGAAGAUGAGGAUGAAGAAGAACCAGAUAAGGAGAUGGGAGAAACAGAAAAGGGUGCUGAUACUUUGGAUAAACAGGUAUGGGGUUCGGAUUCAGAAGAAGAACCAGAAGACGAUGAUGAACUUCCCAAGGAUGAAAAAGGUAACAAAGGAGCUGAACAAAAUGAAAAACAAUUGGGAGCUGGUGAGGAAGAAAAAGAAGCUGUCGAUGACGACGAGGAGAAGCAGCCAAAAAAGAAAGAACCAAAAGAAAAAGAAAUCAAUGAAAUGGAUGAACCUGAAGUAGAUGAUGAUCAAAUUGAUCCGUAUCAUGGCAAACAGCAGCCUUCACCUGAGGUCGAGCCUUUGGAAAUUCCGGAUGAUGAAGAUAUGGCUGUCGAUGAAGAUGAUGAUAAAGGAAGUGAGGGUGAAGAUGAAAAAGAAAAUCCCUUUGACAUUGAUGUUAUGAAAAAAAAAAUAGAGGAAGAAAAUCCACCAGAAGAAGAUAAACCUGAAGAAGAUAAAGAUAAAACAGAAGAAGCUAAGAAAGAAGAGGACAAACCAGAUGAAGAUGAUGAACUUCCUAAUCCUGAACUCAAGAAGCCAGAAGUUGAAGAAGCAGAGGAAGAGGAGGAGGAAGGUUCAAAACAAGAUGAACCAGAAGGAAAGGUGGAGCAAGAAAAGGAAGAAGAAAAAGUUGGUGCUGAGGAAGCCUCUGGCACAGAUGAGAAAUCAACAGACCAACAGGCAGAACAAAGUGCUUCUAAAGAGGGUUCCAAAGAUCAGGUAAAGAACAGUGAGGACAUGGAUGUUAAUAUGGAAACCGAAGCGGAAGAGAGCCAGGCAGAGGGCAGAGAAGAAACAGGCGCAGGAAGGGCAGAGAAAGAAGAUCAGAACACUGGUGGUCACCGGGGAACAGCUGGCAAGCGGAAGAAUGCUGGUGAAAGUGAAGUGGAAGAGAAGAAGCAAAAACCUGGUCAGAGCGAGAUUGAGAGGAGUUUAGGGAAUAUUGAUGAACCUGUUAAGAAAAAGCUCAAAACUAUCGGCAUUCAAAAAGAAAAUGAGGAAGAGAAAGAGGAAAUGGAGACAGAAGAAAAUAGAAUUCAGGAAAAUUCUGAAGCUGACCUGUACCAACAUAUACAUGAAGCAAAUAAAUCUCAACACGAUGCUCAGACUAUUGAUGCUGCCACUCAGGAACAAGUAGAAAAACAGAUGCCUGUAAUUGGCAACGAAGAAGAUGAAAAACCAAAAGGUGAAGAAGACAUCAUUGAAAUAAGUGAAGAUGAAGAACCCAUUGAUGUGGAAACUAUAGAUGAGGUAGAAAGCACACCUUUAAAAGAUAAAGAAAACUAUGAUGAUAAGAGAAAGAAAGAAAAAGGUGAAGGAGGUGGAAUUCAUGAUGAAGCUACUAUAGAGGUCGAGGGCGAAUACUCCGAAACAUUCACCGUACCUCGAGGGUAUCAGAGCACAUUCCACACUCAGAUAUCCGAGCUUGAGAAGCAGAUGCUGUCGGAAGCCGAUAAGCAGAUGCUUAGGCAAGAGUUGGAGAAGCAAUUAGCCUCUUGGAACACGCGCCCUGUAGUACAAGAAGCUUCUGAGGCUUGGGAAAAGAUAUGUUCACUGACCAGUAGCCUGGCACAACAGCUGAGCGAAGAGUUGAGAUUGGUUCUGGAGCCGACAACUGCAUCUAGUCUAAAAGGAGAUUUCAGAACUGGAAAGAGAAUUAAUAUGAGAAAAGUCAUACCAUAUAUAGCCAGUCAAUUCAGGAAGGACAAGAUUUGGCUAAGGAGAACGAAACCUUCGAAAAGAGAAUACCAAAUUAUAUUGGCUAUUGAUGAUUCCUCAUCUAUGGCUGAUAACCAUUCAAAGGAGCUUGCUUUUGAGUCUUUGGCAGUUGUGAGUAAAGCACUUAAUCUCCUGGAGGCGGGCGACUUGGCGGUUAUCAGUUUUGGGGAAGCUGUCAGAGUUCUUCAUCAACUUGGAGAAACGUUUACCGAAAGCAGUGGGGCAAGAUUAAUGCAAGAGUUCAGCUUCGACCAGAAGAAGACUAGAGUCGCUGCCGCUGUUGAAGCAGCUCUUGGUCUGGUUUCGCAAAGAGGUCCUGACUCGGCUCAGUUACUGGUGAUUAUAUCUGAUGGUAGGGGUGUCAUGUCAGAAGGAGAGAGGGUGGUCAGGUCUGCCGUCAGAAAAGCUAACCAUACAAGGCUCUUUAUUGUCUUUAUUAUUAUUGACAAUCCAAAGACUAAAGACUCUGUAUUGGACAUUAGAUUACCUGUAUUCAAAGGCCAAAAAGUGAUGGAAAUUAAACCCUAUAUGGAUGCUUUUCCAUUUCCAUUUUACCUAAUUCUUAGGGACAUUAACAACUUACCAUCGGUCCUUAGCGAUGCCUUGAGACAGUGGUUCGAGUUGGUCACAGACAUGCAGUAAUAUGCUCAUCACCAGUGUUUUUAUGUACUUAUUUAUUCCAUUUUUGUAUUAUGUUGUAAUUAUUUUUAUGUGAAUGUUGUUGUAACUGUUCCUCUGACAUUGUUCCUUAUGACGUAGUAAUAUUUUAGUGUUAUUGCCAUAGAAGUUAUCUUUUACAAAUUGUUUUAGCAUUUCAUUGUCACGUUGUAUUGUUAGAUUUUACUGCUGUUGAUAUAUUUGAUUUUAUUUUUGUAAAAGUGAUUUCAUAAUUAUGUAAUAUAUGUAUAGUUAUUGUUUGAAACUUUGCAUAUUUAUUAAUAAAAUCUGGAGAAUGCUGUCGCCUCUACAUCAUUUAUUUAUUUCAUUCAACCA